UUUUCCUAACUGUAUACAUUUUCUUGAAAAAAAAAAUAGCAGAACUAGAAAGGAGAAGAUGCACAUAUUUAGCUUUGCAAUACUAAAUAGUCAGGCAAAUAUUCCGAUCUUAUUUAAACAGUUUGAUCAAGGUAUUAAUUCACCAAAAUGAUAAACGAAGCGAAAUUUAGAAAACAGACUCAAUAAUAAUAAUAAUGUAAAAAAAUAAAGUAACCAUGUUGCUUUGACAUCGCCUGCCACAAUAAGAAUAAUUUAGUACAUUAAUUUGAUUAUCCGGAAGUGUACAUUUCACUCAUUGAUAUUUUUUAUUUUAUGUAGCUUCAACUGGAGAAGUGGUUGCAACGAUAGAAUUCGAAUAAGGCGUAAUGAUAAUUCAUUAAUGUGUUAUGUUGGCUUGUGUCCUAAAGAAGGCAUGCUUUGAAUUCAAUUACUUCUCUAGUGAUAAUUCUAAUGCAAACAAUCUCGAUAAGCGUAAUACGUCGAUGACGUACAAUUGAUACUAGGCAAAACGUAAGUCAGUGCGUGUUCGCAUGGCUCGAAGUGAGUAUGACAACAUUGUUGCCCCCCGUUCACAUUUAAAGCAGCUUAUUAAUCGUAAUGCAAUACGCAUACGUACUCUCUGGAUCAUCAAGCUUCAACUAUCAUGUUUGUAAAACUAUAGCCAUCGGCUACAACUCGAACGCUUCCUUCGGCAAAAACCAACGCAACAUGUGUGGGAAGGCAGCCAGAGAGUCAAAGAUCAGCGUCAUCAUCAAACCAAAACAAAGCCCACAUGAGAAAGUUGUCUUCGAACCGAAACGUUCGUGUCUUUUAUCUGCCAGACGGUGUCGCAGGAUCUUCAAUCGGUUUGCGACGCUAAUGUUAAGUGAAGGUGCCGGAUUGUUUUUGCAGCCAGUUACCCUUCGGCUAUUUAUCUAACACCGAGAUGGUGGUAUUUAGCUGUGAUGCCUGUGGCGAUUCCCUUCGUAAGAAGGACGUGCAAAAACAUUAUCAGUUCAAUUGCAGACGUUGCGAGAGUCUAACUUGUGUCGAUUGCAAGAAACAAUUUUGGGGAGAUGACUACGUUGCUCACACGCAGUGUAUUACCGAUGAAGAUUUCAAAUAUGGAAAAGUCAACCAGCAUAAGGACGAUAAAGGUCAAAUCAAGCAGAAUCAAUGGCGAUCGAACAUAGAUGCUCUUUUAUCUGAUCGAUCGACAGACAAGCGGUGGACGCCGAUUCUGUUAGAAAUGCAAAAAUAUGAAAAUGUACCGCGCAAAAAGAAACCUUUUAUGAACUGGUGCAAGUGUACCAUGAAACGAUUUCCGUUAAAAGUUGUUGAGCAUGUCUUCGAUAAGUUGCUUGAAAUAAAUGCAGCGAUGCAGCAGGCUCAGCAAGGGACAGGUUCAACACGCAACAAAACAGAAGAAGUGCAGAUCAGAAACAGCAACCCAGCUCGACUCACUGAGGAAGAUAUCGACGAGAUGGAGGUAGACACCAAUGAAUCGAAGAAAGGAAGUAAAAGAGAUAAAAAGAAAAGCAAGCAGCUCAACGGCAAUACUGAAAAUAACAAUAACGCCAAUAUCAACAAUAGUCAUAACAAAAAGGAACGGAAGCAAGUUGAGUGUAGCGAACACGAAGACGAAAUGGAUUGUGACAGUAGGAUGGAGCAUGAACCACAGAAGAAAAACAGCAAGUGUCAACAGCCGGAGGAUGAUGAUUCUGAGCCAAAGAUAGUGAAGUUUAAACUAAAGAAGUGCAUAGUUUAUAUCCUUCUCGCUAAACAAGAACCCGUCAAGAUGACUCGGAUUCUCAGGAAGGUUUUAAACGAAUACGACCAAUUCCUGGAAGAAAGAAAAGCGUCUGGGAGCAAGGGAAGAACUUGGUCACAACACGAAAUCUCCAUAAAGGUCAAAAAGAUCGUAACAACCAGUAAAUUAUUUAAGGAAACGAAUGGAGCUAUCCAGUUAUCCCCUAUCGGUAAAGCAAAAUAUGCCAGUCAAGACAGUGCUGCAGUGGGAUCCGAUUAGGUAUGUGUGAAUGAUUAGGAUUAACGAAUUAAUUAAAAAAUAUGAAAAGCUACAUAUAAUGUUCGAAACUCUUCACAACGUGCAAGUGAGAAGUAUUUCAAACACAUAAAUAGAUGCUAGUAUUAGUGUAAGUUUAUAAUUACUCCUUGCGGUCUCAUAUUUUGCAUGCGAAACUUUGACGGCAACACAACAUUAAAGUGUUAUGCACCUUUUUAAGCAUACGCUUGUGUCUCCAAAUUAGAACAGAAGCUUCAUCACUUCUUUCUUGAUAGAGUAAUUCAUUUAAAAAUUCUGGGUAUUUCUCUUUUGGGUAUCGAAUGGGGAAACUCUGUUGUGGCCGUUGGCAAAGUUUUUAAUACAUCAGAACAUACAGCACAUGCAGAAGAUAGUGUCCAUUGGUCGAACGAAAGAAGAUUAGAUAGCAUACAUAGGUAUGUUGUUUAAGGUAUUAUUAUUUGUGCGCAUGAGAACAAUUUUUAUGCAAUAAAAUAAUUCAUGAUAAUGUGGUACUAUAAGUAAUUUAUGAGUAACAGCGACAUGGGGUUAAAUGCGUAAAGAAAACGAAAAGUCUGCAUAAUAUUAUAAUAAAAAAUG